AUGUAUUUGCUACGUAAACGGUGGGCAUCGGUUUUCACAAGAGAUAUCUUCUCUGCUGGGCUAUUGGCAACGUCUCGCAGUGAGUCCGCCAACAAAGUGAUGAAGGAGAUUUGUCGUUCGAGCACGUCGUUAUUUGACCUUGUAAUUAAGUACGACGGCAUACUCCAAAAAUGGCGACGUGGAGAACGUGAAGAGGACAUGCACUGUAGAUGGUUACCUGGCCAAUAUGUACGAAACAAUCCACUUCUGACUCAUGCAGCUAGUGUGUACACACGUGCACUCUACAAAGCAUUUGAGGAAGAGGUCAAGGCUUCCUUCAAUGUUAUUCUUGAAGAAUUUCCGGGAGAAGUUGGUGAAUGGCUGUGGUUUAACGCUACUUCAACUGGUCUCCGCUCACGUCCGAGGGUGAUUCAGUUUAACCGAUAUAGUUCCCAUGCCACCUGUAGUUGUAGGAUGUGGGAAUCGGAAGGAAUACCGUGCAGGCAUAUUGUGAAAGUAUUUUACUUGAAAAACGUUGUCCAAAUUCCAGAUGAUCUCAUUUUGAAGCGAUGGACGAAGGGGGCCAAAUUUGGUGAAUCUUUUCCGCUCAAUGAUUGCCUACACGGUGGCACAAUGAACUAUAUGUUAUUUGUGAAUAAGUGUAUGCGUGAUGUGUAUGAGAUGGCCACAUCAAGUAAGGAUUCAGAAGUGGCUUGUUCAGCGAUACUAGAGCAAUUAGCUAACCUGCGAUUAGAAGUAUCAAAGAUUGUUGGUAGUCCUAUGAAGCCGUGCGAUGGAUCAGAGCCCACGAGUGGGAAAGUUUCCAAUAAAAUACAGAAUCCAAAGAAGAUUAGAGGACGAGUUUAUGUAAAGAAGAAACGUUGGCAAGCUGAAGGCCGCAAAAAACGGGGUGUUAAGGGAAGAACAAGUACAGAACCUAAACGAACACAACUGGGGACGAAAACCACGAUCAAUUUCAUGAACAUUGAUGAAGAUGAUUCAGCCGAUUCAGCCGAGGAACAGAUGGUGAAUGCUGGCCUUUGA